AAAAAGGCACCUCCAGAGCUACCCUACAAAAUUGCUCUCUCCCGCCCAAGAAGGGACAAUGGACUUUGGAGUUAAGAUGCAGGGAGGAGAACCACUGUCAACCAUGAAAGUCUCCGAGAGCGAAGGCAAGCUGGAGGCCCUGGCCACAGCGUUGACCCCGAACAAAACCAGCAGCAACAGCAGCUGUGGUGGUGGUGGGAUCAGCAGCAGCAGCAGCAGCAGCAGCCGCGGUGGCAGUGCUAAAGGCUGGCAGUACAGUGAUCACAUGGAAAAUGUGUCCGGUUAUUUAAUGAAGUACACCAACUUGGUCACUGGGUGGCAGUACAGGUUUUUUGUUUUAAAUAAUGAAGCUGGACUAUUGGAGUAUUUUGUGAAUGAACAGUCUAGAAAUCAAAAACCCAGAGGUACUUUGCAGCUUGCAGGAGCUGUAAUAUCACCCAGUGAUGAGGACUCUCACACCUUCACUGUUAAUGCUGCCAGUGGGGAACAGUAUAAACUCAGAGCCACAGAUGCUAAGGAACGACAACAUUGGGUUAGCAGACUUCAGAUAUGUACACAGCAUCACACUGAAGCUAUUGGAAAGAAUAAUCCUCCUCUGAAGUCACGGAGCUUCUCACUUGCAUCUAGUGGCAAUUCUCCGAUAUCCCAGAGAAGACCAAGUCAAAAUGCCAUUUCUUUUUUUAAUGUUGGACAUUCCAAACUGCAGUCAGUGAGCAAAAGAGCUCACUUACCUCCAGACCAUCUUGUGGAAGUCAGAGAAAUGAUGUCACAUGCUGAAGGACAACAGAGAGACUUAAUUAGACGAAUUGAAUGCCUUCCUACUUCUGGCCAUCUUAGUUCCUUGGACCAGGAUCUGUUAAUGCUCAAAGCAACUUCCAUGGCAACUAUGAACUGCCUAAAUGAUUGCUUUCAUAUUCUUCAGUUGCAGCAUGCAUCACAUCAGAAGGGCUCAUUGCCUUCAGGAACGACAAUUGAGUGGUUAGAACCAAAGAUACCUUUAUCAAACCACUAUAAAAAUGGAGCUGACCAGCCCUUUGCAACUGAGCAGAGCAAGCCAGUGGCAGUCCCAGAAGAGCAGUGUGUUGCAGAAUCUGGACUAUUAGCAAGGGAGCCUGAAGAAAUAAAUGCUGACGAUGAGGUGGAGGAUACCUGUGAUGAUAAGGAGGAUGACUUGGGGGCUGUGGAAGAGCAGCGCAGUGUUAUCCUGCAUCUCCUGUCACAGCUCAAGCUGGGCAUGGAUUUGACAAGAGUGGUACUUCCUACAUUUAUCCUAGAGAAGCGUUCCCUGCUGGAAAUGUAUGCAGACUUUAUGUCUCAUCCAGACCUAUUCAUAGCCAUCACUAAUGGAACCACAGCUGAGGACAGAAUGAUGCGUUUUGUUGAGUACUACCUUACUUCAUUUCAUGAAGGCCGUAAGGGAGCCAUUGCUAAGAAACCAUACAAUCCUAUCAUUGGAGAAACAUUUCACUGUUCCUGGAGCAUGCCGAAAAGUGAGCUAGCAUCCAGUGAUAUCAGCUGCUCUUCUACCCAAGCAAUCACAAGUCAAGCUCCUCUGUCAGACGAGUCUCUGAACCAGGUGGGAUCAGACUGUUACACAGUCAGAUUUGUUGCUGAGCAGGUUUCCCAUCAUCCUCCAGUCUCAGGAUUUUAUGCAGAAUGUGCAGAGAGGAAGAUGUGUGUAAAUGCGCACAUCUGGACUAAAAGCAAAUUCUUAGGCAUGUCAAUAGGCGUAACAAUGGUUGGAGAAGGUACCCUUUGUCUACUGGAACAUGGAGAAGAGUAUACAUUUUCCCUACCCUGUGCAUACGCCCGGUCAAUUCUAACUGUUCCUUGGGUAGAACUGGGUGGCAAAGUGAGUGUCAACUGUGCAAAGACCGGGUACUCAGCCAGCAUCACUUUUCAUACGAAGCCGUUUUAUGGUGGCAAACUACACCGAGUUACAGCUGAAGUCAAGCAUAACAUCACCAACACUGUGGUAUGCAGAGUGCAAGGGGAAUGGAAUAGUAUUCUUGAGUUCACUUACAGCAAUGGAGAGACAAAGUAUAUAGACUUGACGAAAUUGACAGUGACGAAGAAAAGAGUAAGGCCUCUGGAGAAGCAGGAUCCAUUUGAAUCCAGACGCUUAUGGAAAAACGUGACAGACUCUCUGAGGGAAUCUGAAAUUGAUAAGGCUACAGAGCAUAAACGUACCCUGGAAGAACGCCAGAGAACCGAAGAAAGGCACCGGACUGAAACAGGCACACCGUGGAAAACCAAGUAUUUUAUUAAAGAGGGAGAUGGCUGGGUUUAUCACAAACCCCUUUGGAAAACAGUUUCAGCAGCACAACCAGUGGAGUGACACCCACUUUGUAAGACUCAACCCAGUGAGGUUCUUCUCUGUUUACCCUUCACCCCCAAGAACAGAGUCAUUGCACUGCGUGAACUGCUUCCUGAUUGGACAAACUGACACUAGCUAAAAAACGAAUGUACCUUCAAGGGCACGGCAGGACUGCCGCGAGACCAAAGUGUGGGUGAGGCACAACGGACCUCUCAUCAACUUGUUUCAUGUGAUGUGAGCAAUAGCAUAUGAAAACUUUUGCCUCAAUUACUAGACAAUUAAUCCUUUGUCCAGUUCCUGCACCUACAGCUAAAUUUGAAUCCCCUAUUUCUGCGUAGUGGCAGCAGAUACAUACAACAAUGAAAACCCAGUGAUUUCUUAAUUAUUUCUUUCAAGUAAAAAGUGAAGUCUCUUUCAGAGUUUGUGCUUUGCUUUCUGUCAGUAGCUGAAGUAUUCACUACUCUUAUAAACAGACCAAGAGGAGGAGGACGAUACCACAGAAGUGGAUUCAGCCAUUGUGCCUGAGAUCAGUGUUAAAACAAACCAACCAGGUUGUAGUGACAAGGCAUUCUGUUCCUUCAGAAAGACAGUAUGUGCCUGUGUUUGAGGAGCUUACCCAUGAUCCACCUCUGUUGGAACUCUUUUUAAAAGGCUAUUUAUAAAGUGAUUAGAAUUAAUAACCAUGGAGAAUUUUUUCUUCAGAACAUUUUAAUAUACUUGAAAACAGCAUUGACUUGAAAAAUCCAGAACAUUUUUCACUAUCUAGUUUUAUUAAAUAUUACACUUGAGACAAUUUUUUAAAUGUGUUCGUUCAUGUUGAUAUGAUGAGAUUUCAGCCUUUCAAGAACUUUAAGGCAUAGACAAUAGCAAACGUUUUAAAAAAUAUAAAUAAAACUGUUACUUUUUCCCUUCCUUUUUUGUUGUUGUUUUGCUUGUAGAUUACUAUCCAGUAUUAUGUGCUGUCCCCCUGGAUAAGUAUGCUCGAUCUUAACCUCUCUUCACUCAAAAUUUGAAACAACUAUUCAUAUUUGUCAGUAAUUCAGAAGCUAUCCCUGUGACUGAGAGCAUGCAAGGUAUAGUCUUAUUUUCUUUUCAAAGAAGCUUAAAAGCUGAAGAAAGAGUAUGAAAUAAAAUAUGAGGAAAUUGUAUUUAGGUACACAUCUUUUUUAAAAUAGUAUUUUAUUGAGGUUGAAAACUGACUGGCAAUUAGAAGAAUAGUGCUAAUUAUAGCUUCCAUCAUUCUUUCAAGUGUUUAUUGAGCACCUACAGAAGGUGCUCAACAUUUGUUACUACAAGCUUCCUUAAUUUUCCAAGAGUGGUGCCUUACUCUGAUCCUUCCAAUGUGGUCUUCCAAUCAAUGUGUGUGUAAUAGACCCUUGUUCACCGGCCAUUGUAGGUGGCGGUGGCGAUUGCAUCGUCAUAAGUUUCAGCUUUGUGCUCUGAUAAAUUGUGUUUUAUUAAAGGGUUUAGUAGAAUGAAAACGUUGAAAUUUAUUCAUCAAAUUAUAAGUCUUAAGGAAAAGAAUUGGUUUAUGCACAACCAUUUUAAUGACUCCCUUGUUCAUUUUUGCUGUGAAAUGCACUGAAAAAAAGAAAAAUCUCAAAAUGAGUCAUACAUAGUUCAUGUGUUGGGAACAUUGAAAAAUAAUAAAACUAGCAAACAA